UUUCAUUACGUUAUGUAACCAGUAAUUUAUAUUAUUAAUGCUGUUUAGGCGAAAUAUUUUUGAUGCGGCCACUGGAGGAAAUCGCAGCUAUCACUCACGUUGGAGAUCCUGUUUUACUCACCGUGAUUGCUGAAGAAGUUAAAGUUGGACGUGAUGAGCCCCCAGCUAUGGCUUCAACAGUACAAUUGGCUUUGUUUUUACCAGAACGGACUAAUUCUGCACCUUAUUUCGAGAAUGAUCACUACGUUUCAAGAAUUGAUGAAAAUGCCCCGCAAGGUACUGCCCUUACAUUUGCCGACCCAUAUGUUUCACGUGUUUAUGACGAUGAUAUCGGUAAAAAUGGCGUGUUUUCAUUGACUUUACUCAAUAAUAACGGAACUUUUGAAAUUUCCCCUAAUGUUGCUGAACGGAGCACUUCAUUUCUCAUACACGUACGAGAUAAUAUUCUCUUAGACUAUGAAGAACGUCAUUUUGUGCAAUUUCAAAUAUUAGCUCAAGAAUUGGGACCAUCUACAAAUCUUUCAACUACUGUCAAUGUCAAUGUAUAUAUAAAUGAUGUUAACGAUAACCCACCCAUAUUUGAGCAAUCUAUGUACACUGUUGAACUGCCAGAAAAUAUGACUGCCGGAACAAAAGUUAUACAAGUUAAAGCCACCGAUAUAGACACGGCUGAUUUAAGUGGACUUGUACGAUACACAGCUAUUUUGGGCUAUUUAAACACGUCAUUAAAUUUAAACGCGGAAUCAGGACUUAUUACAGUUUCCACUAAUAAUCACGGGUUUGAUCGUGAAGUAAUGCCCGAAUAUCAUUUAUACGUAGAAGCACGGGACAAUGAUGGUACAGGUAAUCGUGCCCAAGUGCCAUUGAUUAUAAAAAUUAUAGAUAUCAAUGAUGAAAGUCCAAUUUUCGAAAAAGAGUUGUACGAAUUUAUACUAUCUCCAGACUUGAAAUCCUUCACCUCUGUAGCCAUUAUUCAUGCCAUAGAUAAGGAUGCAACACCACCUAACAAUGAAGUGCGUUAUGAAAUAGUUAAUGGAAACUACGAAAAUAAAUUCACUUUGGAUAAAAAAACUGGCGAGCUAACUGUGAGAGAGAGAAUUACAUUUCCAAUCAAAGCACGAAGAAAGCGUCAAAUACCAUCUCACAUCGAUGAGGAUAUGUUGUUUCUAACAGCGCGAGCAUAUGAUUUAGGAGUACCUGUACGUUUUAGCAUCACAAACAUUCGUAUAUAUCCACCAGAAAGUCGAACACGAACUGUGACUUUUGUAGUUCCAGGUGAAAGUCCUGAUAAAGUUAAAACAGAAGAAACACUUUCUACCAUAACAGGAGGAAAAGUAAUAAUACAUGAUAUUAGACCUUUACAACCAGACGAACCCGGUGCCAAAACAAUUACCGGGGACAACACGGAUACGAUGAGAAGAAGUGUCGUAACAGCUACCGUUCUUUAUGAUAUCAAUUCGGUUGUAGAUAUAUCGCAGAUACAGCAACGUUUAUCGCAACACAAUAGUUCAUAUGCAAUAAUGAAUGGUAGCGACCCAGUAGCAACAGACAUUAUUAUUCCUUUACAGACUCUAUACAAAGCCGAAAAUAAAUUGCUGUUCUGGCUGCUUAUAUUUUUAGCAACUUUAGUCGCGUUAACAAUUCUCAUACUUUUGCUGUGUUGCAUUUGUUCGUGGUGCCCAUUAUAUGGAAUUGCAAGCAAGAGAAUAGUUAAUAUCAUUAAAACUGAAGACGAUGUUCACCUAGUGCAUAGGGAAAUGGCAAAUGGAAAACAAGCAAAAUCUGUUCAGGUCGCUGAAUGGAUGGGACGCCGAGAGGCCUGGUCCGCCGAGAAACCAACAGAUUCGCGAACGAGACCAACACACUGGGAGUUCCACAAUGGACGCGACCACUUUAACGAAAACGACAUUCAGGCAGCGUUGAACAACAAUGAGGGAAAUCGCCGUAAGCGUUCAGCAGAAGAGCAACGAAGGAACAACCGCACAACCAAAGACGAUGUAUUUUAUAAUUCUAGAACCAACUUAAUAAAUGACAAAGACGUUUAUAUAGAAGAUAUAGGAGAUGAGCGGCAACUAACAAUAACAGAACAAGAUCACUUUCAGCGAAGCAAAGAAGUACAAAAAGCAUCAAAGCAUCGCCAAGGAAUUGACAACGAAAUCAAACAAGUUGAUGAAGAUUCUGUACGUCGCCAUGAAAUUGCACGCGGCAGUGAUAUCGAAUAUAACAUAGCUCGAAGCAGUUUAAGAAAUAAACGGGAAUUUUUCAUCAAAGACGGAAAUAUUGAAAUACUGCAACUCAUGACCAGAGACAGAAGUGAUGAGGAUGUUGCAGAAGUUGAUGAUGAAAAUAACAUUUAUGUAAAUUUGCCAAUGAAAUCAACGACUGUCUCUCAGCCGCAAUUGGUAAUGUUGGAUAAUAGUGGAAAAGAAAUUCUAAUGCGCCGUUUUAUUGAGGAACAGCCUGAUGGUAAACAAAUAAUACGUGAGCAUUACCAAAUAGUUCCUGGUGCCACUUAUAUACAGUCUAUGCCAAAUGAAAUUGACCACAACCACUCCAUUUUGAAGGGAGAAACAUUCGCUACCUGCAAAUCGGGUCCGAAUAGUAUAGUUUAUUCACAAACCGAGCCUGAAGUAAAGGUAAUACAUACACAGCCUACUCAAGGUGCGAUGCAGUUGCAAACUGAGGGUUUCAUAAGUCACAUCCAGCCAUCAAUAUCAAAUCAAUCAUUAACACAAGAGCUUGAAUAUUCUUUAAAGCAACAAAAUAUACUACUGCGUCAAAUAUUAAUGGAAAAAGAAAAAAUAGAAGCCAACGGUGCACAACCAGAAGUUGUAUUAGAAACACAAAGCCUUCCCGGUCACUCUGUGGCGAUUGCAACACAAACGGAAUGUGAGGUGUGUACACAGACAGACAAUAAUAUUGAGUUUCCUGAAAAAACUUCUGUAUAUGUGCAAGGAAGGCCAACACGACCCAAAGCUCGCAGUGAAAAUGACGAUUCCUUGACCGAAGAUGAAUAUGAGUAUGUACAAUUUAGUCCUCCAGAAAGUACAGUAGAUCGAUUCUGGAUAAAACGUAAAAAACAAAAAAGGCGUAGUAAAUAUCGCAAUAGUAUACAUCCAAGAAAGAGAAUUGUUAUGGUAGAAGAAAUUAAAAGAAAAAUACGUACGCCCAUUAAGGAGGAAGAUGAUGAGGUAUUCGAGUCGAAUAAACGUAUUCCACCCAAAAAACCUCUACGUAAACAUGCUGAAACAAAAAGCUGUGUUCUUAGAGGUAAGAACUAUAUAGAAAGACAGAAUAAUAGUAAUUCAAUACAACGAAAAAGUCCCACAGUGAGUCCCGAAAUUUUAAUAAUGGCUGACUCCAUAGGUGAUAGAAGUAGAACUCCAGAUCAUUAUCGAACAAUGAGAGUUGACGAGAUUGAAUACUAUUCAACAGACAACAACAGAGUAGAUAACUGCGACUAUAAUAAUGAAAAUGAUUAUUCCAAUGAUUCUGAAGCUGAAGAAAUUAUUGUUAAAAGAAAUAUAUUAACACCCCAUCAUCCGGAACAAAAACUUUCUGAUAUAGACAUUAAUGAUAAAAAUUUCUGUAAAAUACACUUAAAAGACGAGCGAUCUACGCAUAAAAUGCCGGAAGCCAAUGCCAGAGAGUCACGUAGGCCAACGUUAAAAGGACGUCAUCGGUCGCAAAGUUCAUCGGAAAUUCCACACCGUCGAAUGGAUAAUGAAAAACAUAUGUCUUCAUUGACCAAGACAAAUCAUGCAGCUAAAGAGCGUGUAUAUCAAAGUGCAACCAAUUUGAAUCAUCAGAACGAUCGAUAUGAUGACGGGAAAAAUCCUGAUAAAUCUGUUCCAAAAUACAUGGAAUGGUAUUAUAGCAAAUCAAAAAAUUUAAAUACCAAGCCUGGGUCCGAUACUUUCACAUUGACAGUUUCAAAAAGAAAAAGAAGUUUGACGAAAACACGUUUAAGUUCAAAUACCGAUUCUAUUCCUUCUGAAGAUGGAAAAAGUAGACCCGAAAUUGCACCAAGAAAAUCUCCUCAAAAAAAUACCAGACUCUUGAAAGAAGAUAUUGUAAUGAAUAAACAGCAUAAUCCUAAAAUUGAGGCUGAUUCUAGCCACCCACUUUUACAACAUUCAGAGCAUAGAUUUGAGCGCGAAAACGCUCCGGAGGUCCCUUUACCACCAACAAAAUUACCACAUUACAUGUAUCCCGAGACACCGCCAUUUGUUGUUUCUAAGAUGGCGAAAGUAAAAUCUAAACCGUCGCCUAUUAAAGAAAAUGAAGUCAAAGUUACAACAUCCAAAAUUAAGCCAAAUCCAAAUUCUACCCACUCGAAUCCAAAUAUAAGUACGCACCAACUCUCUCAAAAACAACUUAAUGUAUCUACAUUAGAAGAUGAUCACGAUUCCGGAAUUGCAAUGAAUUCGCUGCUUAAUAAUACGGGUCGGAGAAAUCCCAUCGCAGAUAAAAAAAGUGUAUUUUCAAUUGCAUACGAUGAUGUUAGCCGAGUGAAGAAAAUUACAUCGGGAGGAGAAUCACCACAAUAUUCAUAGAAAUAGCGGAUGAUCUCAAAAAUGGUAGACAAGUAUUUAUAUAGGAAAAUUUAAAUUAACUCGGUACUACUGCAUAUGUGAUACUCUCCGUUUCUCAUUUUACGUAUGCCAUACUUAAAAUGCAAUAAAGUAAUCAUUUAUGGUUUAACUCGUUAAUGUAUGAUGCUGAAAUUUUGAAAGCAAAAAUUGUUUUUUCUUUAUUGCUCACUUCUUUUUGAUACUCAACUUUUUACGUUCCUAUGGUCAAUGAAAAUGGUGACAAACCCAACAUUAAUUAAUAAAAUUAAAUACCCAAAUGCAUAAUUUGAUUAGUGUAUAUACUUAUAAUUUUAAAUUUAACACUUGCAUAUACUAAAUACCAUACAUAAAAUAUUUUUAAAGAAAAGAGAUUACAAAUAUGUGCAUUUGCAAACCUGCUCUCGAUAUUUAUUGUAAAUAGUAAAAACUGCAAUAUGAUCCUUACAAGAAAACUCUAUUUAUUUAUAGAUUCAUAAAACGGAAGUUUAACUUUUAUAAAUUAUGAUUGGAAAUGAUAUUUAGAACACAAUAUUAUUAUUGUAAAUUAACAUGUUGUACUAUCUCUAAACAAAUAUACUAUAUAUACAUAGGUAGUGCAUUUAGAGAUAAAUAUGUGAGUACACUCUAUUAAGGGAAUAUACUUAUAUAAUGUUUGAAUUAUGGCUAAUAAAAUGGAUCAAUCCGAGAACACGUUAUAAACGCAUUUACAUAUAGUAUUACUAUAUGAUCAGUAUUUACGAAAAGCAGUUGUAUACUUGGAAGUAAAAAUAAAUAAGUUGUAAGAUUAAGUUAAGAAAUAUAUAUAUACAUUAUCGAUACAAGUAUAUAUACGUACACACAUAUUACGUAAAAGCUUGUAUACUAGUUCUAAGCUCUUAAUAUCAGUUAUUCUUUCAAGAAUAUAUAAACAUUUUUUUUUAAUAUUUUUUUCGUUCGUAAAUGUAUCAUUCAUAAAAAACAUAUUGUAAGCCUUUUUGAAGGUAUGUGCGAUUGUAUAUUCUGGUCACAAAAUUUCGAAUUUGAAAAAGAAGACACCGCAAAUAUUCAAAAAUUCUUUUAUACGUAUCCACCAUGUUGAAAUGUCUACAAUUUUAACGAAGUGUGUUGGAUAUAAAUUCUUUCAUUAUUAUUUUAAUGAAAUAAAAACUAUUUUAGAUAAAUCUAUGAAUAAUUUACAUAUAUAUUGCACAUUUAUCUAAUUAAAAGUUAAAUGAUAAUUGUCCAUUACUAACGAUCUGAUAGAAAGAUACUCCUUAAUAUUUAUAGUAUUGAAGUGUACAAGGUUCUUUGUAUAAUAUAUAAAUCCUGCCAUACCAUCUUGUCAGACGUAUUAACACAAAAAUAAAAAAGAUUAUAAAUAUCAUCACCAAUAAAUUUGUAUUUUAAUUUACAC